AUGCAACUCAUCAACUUCUUUCCACUUCUCAUUGUCCCAUUCACUAUAGCCUCACCUCUCUCACUCACCUUCCGAAAUUCCGCCAACGAGACAACAGACCAUCACUUUACACUCUCAAAACGAGAUGAUCCGUUCCGUGUCGAUGCUUUCAAGGGCAGCAAGCCAACCGGUGACCCAGUUGAGAUCCAGAAUGCCAAGGCGGGACAGGUGAUCAACCUGGCUCUCGAUUGUGGCACGAUCGUGGUCACCUCUCACACUGCUGAUGUUACAACUUGUAAUUUUAUGCUUCCAUCGACUCUGCCAGCAGGGACGUUCACUGGCGCUCCAGCGGCUGGUCACUUCACACUUCAGGUGCCAGGUUCUUGUUCUGGAGCCGUCACUCAAGUCUCAGCUGCGAACAUCUGUACAGUUUGUGGUGAUAUUGGAGAGAUUCCCAAUCUGAUCGAUUGUCAUGGGAAGGAAGAUGGGAAGGAUAAUGUAAAUGUGUGCGUUAGUGGGACCACGCUUGUCGAGUGUUGA